UUAAAGCAUGAAGAAGUUACAAGGUGACUGUGUCUUCUGGCUGGUCCUUCUGACUGGAGCUGCUCAGCUCUUACUAGUGUGUGGAGAGGGUUCACCUGACAACACCAUUCGAUGUCCCUCUGACUCAGUGAUGGCUCCUAUUAAUGGGAUGGUCUCAUACUCUAGUCCAGUGGAAAAUGGCAGUUAUGUUUUUGGAACUGUGGCCACCUUUUCCUGCUCACCUGGUUUUGGUCUUGAUGGUACCUCAACUAGAACAUGUGAGACUGAACAGGGAACAUUUAGUGGCACAACCCCAUCUUGUAUAGCAAUUAUCUGCUCUGCUCUGCCCGGUAUUGUGAAUGGGAUGAUUAUCUACUUUGGUAACACAACUGAGCCUUAUGACUAUAGAACAACAGUUAGGUAUCAGUGCCAUAAAGGGUAUGCAGUAAAAAGAGGAGACAGUGAGAGGACCUGUACUAAUACUGAUGAUGGUAGGAGUUCAGAGGGACAAUGGAGUGGAACUGCUGCAGUUUGUUCUGCUCUCUGUGAUGACAUCACCCUCACCAAUGGAUGGGUGACCUAUGACCCAACCGCUUCUUCAAGAUUGGAAGGAACUACGGCCACUCACAACUGUAAUAGUAGUUAUGUUCUCUCUGGUGAACGUGAGAGAAUAUGUCAGUCGGACAGAACGUGGAGUGGAGAAAUUGUUACAUGCAACGCCACCAUCUGUCCACCUCUUGCUGACUCUCCCUAUGGCUCACUAUUCUACUCUCCAAAUAAAUCCCCAUACUUAUAUGGAACACAAGCGACGUACACUAUCACAUGCCCUCCUGGACAGAAUAGGAGUAGAGGAAAUGAUGUAAGGAUUUGUGUGGGUGAUGGACGUAGUACCGUGGGGGCGUGGACUGGAACUGCUCCUAUCUGUGCAGCUACUAUAGACAUUGAUGAAUGCUCUGGUACUGCUCAUGGCUGUGAUCAUAUCUGCACCAACACUCCUGAAUCAUACACCUGUGACUGCAACUCAGGAUAUCGACUUGCUGCUGAUGGAAGAGGAUGUGAUGACAUUGAUGAGUGUACUACUGUACCCAAUAAUAACUGUGACCAAGUGUGUACCAACACUGAGGGAUCGUUCACCUGUGGAUGUGACGCAGGAUAUGCGCUGGACAGUGAUAGAACAUCGUGUUCUGCAAUCACCUGCUCUGCUGUCCCUUCUAUUGAGAAUGGGAUGGUUGUCUACUCCAGUGACACAACUUCCCCUUAUGACUAUGGAACAACAGCUACGUGUGAGUGUAACCCUGGGUAUGAGCUAACAAGUGGAAACAAAAAGAGAGUCUGCACUAAAUCUGGUAUGAAUUCAGAAGGUAUUUGGAACGGAACCAUGCCUACUUGUUCAGUAAUAGCUGUUUCCUGUGGCUCUCCUCCCCCUGUUAUGAAUGCAUCUCCUGGAACACCCACUCCUGGCACAACCUACCAAGGGACAGUGAUCUACACCUGUGACAUUGGAUAUGAAGUCUCCACUGGAAUCACCACAGCAACGGCUACUUGUAUGGCUGACAGGACCUGGGGACCUCUACUAACUUGUCAACUUGUGGAUUGUGGUUCUCCUCCCCCUGGUAUAAAUGCAUCUCCUGGAACACCACCAUCAACAACCUACCGAGGGACAGUGACCUACACCUGUAACAGUGGGUAUGAGGUCUCCAAUAGAGUUACCACGGCAACAGCUACAUGCAUGGCUAAUGGAAUCUGGGAGCCUCUAUCAACUUGUACAAUUGUGGGUUGUGGUGAUCCUCCCACUAGUCCCAAUGGAUCUCCUGGUACACCAACCAGCACAACAUUUGGAGGGACAGUGUCUUACACGUGUAACAAUAGAUAUUACAUGUCGGGAUCAGCCACUGUGACUUGUGAGGCUAGUGGGAAUUGGAGUACAAGACCAACUUGCUCAGCUAUCUGCAACGACCUUCAAAUUGAAAAUGGUGACAUCAACUAUUAUCCUGAUACCACACCGAGAACAAAGGAAACCAUUGCCUUGUACUCGUGUGUGUCUGGUAACAAACUUUCUGGUGUGAGCAUUAGGUCCUGUGUGGACGGUCGUAAUGGAAUGGGUGGUGUGUGGACUGGAUCAAUGCCAAGCUGUAUAGCAAUCUGUAAUAGUCUGAUCCUCGCCCAUGGAGUAAUCAGCUAUAGUUCAUCUACUACUCCCAGACUGGAGGGAACUGUGGCUAUACACAGCUGUGAUGAGGGAUACGGACUGUCUCAUAACGGGAGAAUAAGAACAUGUCAGCCUGACAGGACAUGGAGUGGAGAGGACAUCACUUGCCAACGUAAACAUUGGGUAUCAGGUGCUCCGCUCUCCCUAAUGUUACGAAUGGGUCCAUCUAUUCUAGUGGUACUACUGCACCAUAUGACUAUGAAACAACAGCUACAUAUCAAUGCAACUAUGGACAUGUAUUAA